AGUUUGAGUCGCCGCUGCCGGGCCGCCAGCCGAGUCGCGCGCCGGGAGCUACGUGGGGCAGAGAAGUCAUGGCUUCUCCGUCCAAAGGCAAUGACCUGUUUUCGUCUGAUGAGGAGGGCCCGGCGAUGGUGGCCGGGCCGGGCCCGGGGCCCGGGAGCGCCGAGGGGGCUGCGGAGGAGCGGCGCGUCAAGGUCUCCAGCCUGCCCUUCAGCGUGGAGGCGCUCAUGUCGGACAAGAAGCCGCCCAAGGAGGCGUCCCCGCGGCCAGCCGAAAGCGCCUCCGCCGGGGCCGCCCUGCGGCCGCUGCUGCUGCCGGGACACGGCGCCCGGGAAGCGCACAGCCCCGGGGCGCUGGUCAAGCCCUUCGAGACCGCCUCGGUCAAGUCGGAAAACUCGGAAGACGGAGCGGCGUGGAUGCAGGAGCCCGGCAGAUACUCGCCGCCGCCGAGACACAUGAGCCCCACAACCUGCACGCUGCGGAAGCACAAGACCAACCGGAAGCCGCGCACUCCCUUCACCACCUCCCAGCUCCUGGCUCUGGAGCGCAAGUUCCGGCAGAAGCAGUACCUCUCCAUCGCGGAGCGAGCCGAGUUCUCCAGCUCUCUGAGCCUCACAGAGACCCAGGUUAAAAUCUGGUUCCAGAACAGGAGGGCCAAGGCGAAAAGACUGCAGGAAGCAGAACUGGAAAAGCUGAAAAUGGCUGCGAAACCUCUGCUGCCCUCGGGCUUCAGCCUUCCGUUCCCCAUCAACGCGCCCCUGCAGGCGGCGUCCUUGUACGGCGCGUCCUACCCUUUCCACAGACCCGUGCUCCCCAUCCCGCCUGUGGGACUCUACGCGACUCCGGUGGGAUACGGCAUGUACCACCUGUCCUAAGGAAAGCUGCUCGAUGGACUCCACGAGGGAUGCUCGUCGCGUUAGGCCCCCUCCCUCUCCAGGAAACAGCUCGGAGCCAGCACCCCGGUUCCGCAGACCUUGCACGCGGCGCCCUGAGCGGAUGGGGCCGCAGACGCUGUCAGACUGCGCUCUUCAGGCUGGACACGCCACGUCCUGCUUCCUGGGUGUCAUUUUCCAGACGUCCCCUCCUCCUUUCACAAAGAUUGGCUCUGACGGUUUUUAUAUAUAAAUAUAUAUAUAAUAAAGUAUAAUACAUUUUUAUACAGCCGACGUAAAAACUCAAAUUAUUUGGAAAGACAGAAUUUAUAUACCUGUGUGUAUAUAUAUAUAUAUGUACACUUUCUUUUAUACAUAUAUCACCUAAAAGAGACUGCUUAAGUCCACUUGGUUUCUCUUUUUUCCUAAUACGGGGAGAGAGACAAAUGGUUUUCUAAAGUUGCUGAAAUUUGGUGAUUUUGAUGGGAUGAUUGGCUGCUGCUUCAGGAGAACCUGGAGGGAUUCCGCCAAGUGACAGGUCACGUGUUUGCAGUCUUCCGUGCAUUAAAAAACUGAUUAGAUGCCACGCUUGGCCCCAUUUCCCUCCUCCCCACAUUGCUACAUUGUUAAAAAUUUACUUUUUUUUUUUUUUGUGAGAUCAAUAAAAGGGGGACAAGAAGACAGGGCAAGCCUGGGGUUAGGUGGCAAGUGGAGGCAUUUCCUAACUCCUCUCAAGGCUGUUGUUGAACUUCAUUUCCGAUGACUGGAGAGUGAAAAGUUAAAAGUGUGUCGGGAGGGACUGAUGGUUUCUGUGAAAUACUAGGUACAUCAGUCCUCACACUUUGCAGACAUGAUUUUGGGGGAGGGGGUGUAGUUAAUUCUCCGCUUAAAAAAAUGUAACCAUUGCUUAUGUGCUAAAUAUUCUUGAACAAUGAAUAGAUCCAGGAAGAAAAAAAGUAUCAUGCUUUCUCUGUACCUAUUGUAUGUGCUAAACGUGUUAGAGGAAUUUAUAUACUUUUUACCACAUGGGGGGCAGAGGGUAAAGCCAUGUUUCCAUUUGCUGGAAAUGGUGGGGUCUCACCGCCGUUUAGCUAGCUCCUUGGCACCUCACCUUCCCCUCC